UUGGCUGUCAGAUUAAUAGGCGCGGCCAUGUUGGUCUGUAGUGAAUAAAAUCAAGAUAAUUUGCUUUUAGGGAAAUAAAAUUGACACAAUAUGCCCAAAUGCGACCUUAAAACGAGAUACAUCCCCGCGACAUUCGCCUGGACUUUACUUUUGGGCACAACGUCUCUGUUUUUUUAUUUUCCUUGUCAGUAUUACCUUCACAAACACCCAUGGGUCCCAGCAUACCAAGGUGUUAUCACGUUUUUUGUUUUGGCCAAUUUUACACUGGCCACUUUCAUGGACCCGGGAGUCAUACCAAAAGCUCCACCUGACGAGGACAGGGAGGAUGAUUUCCGCGCUCCCCUGUACCGGAGCGUGGAGAUCAAUGGGAUCACAGUCAGGAUGAAGUGGUGCGUCACAUGCAAGUUCUACAGACCACCUCGAUGCAGUCACUGCUCCGUCUGCAACCACUGUAUAGAGACAUUCGACCACCACUGCCCGUGGGUGAACAACUGUAUCGGUCGUCGGAACUACCGCUUCUUCUUCUUCUUCCUCAUCUCCCUCUCGAUACACAUGCUGAGUAUAUUCGGCCUCAGUCUCUAUUACAUCAUGAACAACAACAAGACGUUGACGCAGGUCGAGCCUAUUGUGUCAAUGGUAAUAAUGGGUAUAAUCGCGCUCCUCGCGAUUCCCAUAUUCGGUUUGACGGGCUUCCACAUGGUGCUGGUGUCGCGGGGGCGCACCACCAACGAACAGGUCACCGGCAAGUUCACGGGGGGCUACAACCCCUUCUCGAAGGGCUGUUGGUAUAACUGCUGUUAUACGCAGUUCGGACCGCAGUAUCCUAGCUUGGUCCGUCCCUCAAAGUACAUAUACAAGGGCGGCAAGAAACGUCGGGAGGGCACGGCUAUAUCGACGAUAGCGUCGGAUGCGCACGCGCACGCUCACGCACACACGCACGCGCAGGUAAAGACGUACACCGCGGACAAUGGAGCCGCUCACCGGCCGCUCGGGGCGCACGCACACUACAACAAGCUGUCCCCUGGCCGCGAGGAACACGAGCCUGAGAUGGAGGGGCCAGGCGCCUCUCAAUCAGCGGACUGCGAGCCGACGCCUCCGCCCCUCCAACGACGGGGCUCCGCCGCUAACCUGUUCCCUCCUGAACAUCAUCUCCCACCGCGACCCAUGCAUUACCCGCGACUGAGUCCAUUAUCAAGGAAUACCAGUCACGGCACCACCACGUCCGGCUACCGAGUGGUGAUGGAGCCGAUGCGUUUCGAGACCAACGGCUCGCGGCCGUCGCCCACCAUGCAGCAACGCAUCAAGGCGCUGGGCGUGCCCACACCGCUCGCGGUCAACAGUCCCGUCAGGAGGCCGUACGAUAACGAUAGCGAGCGCUCGGACGAGCUCGCGCGAUUAAACCCCUGACGUGAGCGCCCGCCCCGCGCACAGGUCCAACCCCGGCACGCCCACCCAGCCGCGCCGCCCGGACUUCAUCGGGGUGCGAGGCUCGCCGCAGCGGCGCUUCCUGUCCGAGGGCGAGCUGCUGAGGGACGAGCCGCCAGCCCCCGCUCACCCCGCGCCCGUCCCUGCGCACCCCGCGCCGCCCCCGGCGCACGACGUGCGCGAGCUCGCCGCCAGCCCUCAGCGUGGGACGUACCUGUGGGCGGAGCGGUCGCCGCACAGCCGCCGCCGCCCGGCGCCGCCCGCCCGACCGCUGUCCUUCGUCCGAGCGCUGGAGGUGCAGGACCGCCUGGAGCGCGCGCCGCCCGCCGCGCCUCCCGACCGCGCUUCCGUGUACGACUGCAACUACGAGAUCUCCGUCUGACCGCUAGCCUCUGACUCCCUAUUCUCGAGAUAGGCCAGUUUAGGACCGCGCCCCGACGCACAAGCCCGCCGCCAGCCCGCCGUGUCCUGUACAUAGCCCCCUCCCCUACUCCCGAAGUGUCGUGAUGACGUGGUAAUAUCACAUCAUCCAUGUAGUGACCGGAGCUGAAUGGCUCCGCGAGUCACGGCCGCGGGUCCCCGUGGUGCGGGCGAGGCGGAGAGGCCGUGCGCCGACCGGACCGGCCGCAACACAUACCUGUGAGGUGGAGUCGUGCCAAAUGUUCCGUAGCGUGGGUGAUGCGAGUCGUUCCGAGUGUGUCGGUGUCGCCUGCCCGCGGCGCGUCUGCGAUGAUUGUAUGUCUGUAACGAACGACUAUGAUAUGUAGAAUUUAAUAGACGCAUUUUUGAUAUAUAAGUAUAGUUUAAGCGAACGGAAGUAAAUAAUAUUUGAGUGACGUACAACACGAUGUAAAUGUAACAAUAAUGAUAACAAAGUCGCAUACCAAAUAACACAUAUUUUCAUAAAUCACAUAGAAAACAUAAUUCUGACAUGAACAAUAGUUAAUGUGUAUUGAGUAAGUCCUAUUGUAAUUUUAUUUAUAUUUUGACUGUGAAGUAGCUAGGCGGAAGUUAGAUAGGGUUAAUGGCGGACAGAUUUAUUAAUGUUAUAGGAUGCUGUGAGAAAAAUAAAUUGACAUACUCACUAUAUAAAAAUACAUUACGAUAAUAAACAAAAAAAAUGUUUAGAAUACCUCCUACACAUGAAAGUGUUAAAUCCAGAUCUCGACACCGAAUUCAAUAUGUUGAAGUACUUAGAUCUUUUUAGAUGAAAUUUAACCAGAAAUAUUUCAAAUGUAACAGAGAAUGCAAUUAUGUAUAUCGUUUCGAGGGGUUUUCACACUGACCGGGAAAAAAAAUGAUUUGGAUGCCGUGAAGCCGUCAGUGUGUGAGAACUCUUAUAGUUUUAUUUAGAGACUGGCGAUAUGUACGUCAUCUCGAAAUUUCGAUAGCACAGAGUCAAAAUAUUUUUCUUAUCGAAAUUCCGAGUCGAUUUUAUACUAGCCGUUGACAAUGUCCAAUAGCAAACAAAUAUAUGCAGUGAGGGCGACCGCGCCUCACGGGCUGUUUUGUAUAUAAGAUAUUUAUUGCGUCUUACAGUCAUUGCUUAGUGAAUAGUUUUAUUCGGACUAUAGAUUCGUUGUUUUAUUUCUCAUUGUCCACUGUACAUAUGUUUGUCAUUUUUGUACAAUAUUAGUAUAUGUUGAAUGUGUAACUUGUGUGCGUGUCUGUACAGUUAUGUUAAGGUGUUAAGGCCAAGUGUAUAUAGUUUGUUGUAAGUCAGUGUAAAGGAUGUUAUAAUGUUGUAUCUCUUUCUGUUUGUCAAUUUCUUUCCAACUACGGACAUAUCAGUAGUUUCUUCGAGGACGGCUGUUUUAUUGUUGAUACUUAUUUAAUUAUUACAUUUCUUAUUUCCCUUAAAUUAUUAGCAAUAAUUUUUUUUUCUAUUAAACCGUCCUAAGGCCUAAGUUAGAAAUAUCCCUCGUUAUUUUUUUUUUUCGUCUUUUAUAUAAGAAUUAUAAUUUAUAAUGUUUUGGACGUAAAUUAUAUAAUUUCGGUUCCGGUCUCUGGAUCUAUUACCACAAUGAUGACUUUGUAAAAUUCAAUAUAAAUAUUUGAGAUAUGGAGCACAUUUCUUUACUCACAUUCCGUUUACCAAGACUUCACUUUUCCUAUAGUGCGUACUCGAUAUGCGCAUUACGACAUCUAAGAGCCGACCACGUGGAGUAUUAAAUUUUAUAUAUUUAUCUCUUAUAUAUAACUAUUUAUAAAGAAUUAUUUAUCGUUUGUAUCAUCCACGUCAAACGUGCCGGCUCUUAGACUAUGACAAGGGUAAAUCCAUCAGCUAGUCUAAUUACGAACGCGUGAAAGUUAAGUUAACAAUCAAGUGUAUAUAUAGUGUAUAGAUUUUGUUUUGUGCAAUGUAUACAAUAAUGUCUUGAGAACGUUGAUCCUGAAUAUUCAACGAUCGCUGUUUCGUUAUAGUAUCGUAAUAAGAGUUACAAAGGUAGCAUUAGUCCUCUCCGGUGUUAGGAUAGCUCAAAACGUGAGGCGGCACGGCGUCGGUUGUAUAAAUUGUAGAAACUCCACGGAAAUGAAAACUUUUAAUACCUAUGUGUAUGUGACAGUGUUUUAUUUUUGUAUUUUGAUAAAAUUUGUGUAAAUAAUUUUCUUAUUUUAUUGAUAUUAAACUCGAUUAAUCAA